AUGAUGAUACAGAACCAAGCUCCGGCUAUAAACCCAAAGUUCGCCUCUAUAAUACCAGACCAGACUCAAGGCAUAGCCCCACCGAAUGUGCACAACAACUUCGAAAUCAAACCGCACAUUCUGCAUCAAGUCCAACAAAAGAUCUAUCACGGUCUACCUGAGGAAGACCCGUUGGACCAUCUUGACGAGUUUGACAGAGCAUGUGAUUUGAUCACACAGAAUGGGGUAAGCGAAGACGCAACCAAACUUCGUUUAUUCCCAUUCUCACUUGAUGGCAAAGCUCGCCAAUGGGAAAAGACGAUACCUCGAGGGUCCAUAACAAGCUGGGAUCAGUGCAAGAAAGCCUUCUUGGCUAAGUUCUUCUCCUCAGUCAGAACUGCAAGCUUCAGAACCAACAUCUCAAGCUUCGCACAAAAGCACGGCGAGAGUUUCACAGACGCCUGGGAACGCUUCAAAGGAUAUCAGUCGAAGUGCCCACACCACGGUUUCUCUCAAGAGUCACUCUUAAGCACUCUAUACCGUGGUGUACUGCCUCGCUUCAGGCAGAUGCUUGACACAGCAAGCCAAGGCAACUUCUUGGCCAGAGACGUCGACGACGGUCUGUUUUUGGUGGAAAACAUGGCAAUGAGCAAUGGUACAUACGGCGAAGAUCAUGACCGCACAAACAGAGGAUCCGUCGAAGCAGAGGAAAAGCACAAGAAGGAACUGAAAGUGCUGAACGACAAGCUUGACAAACUGCUUAUAGUCCAGCAAAAACAGUCGGUACACAUGCUGGAGGAACGUGAUGACGAUCAAGAGGAGGAGUUUACACUGAGGACGUCAACUACAUUCAUAGCCAGGACUAAGAUUGAAGCUCUCACAAGUAGAAUCCAUCAGCUUGAACACAAAGGCGGAACAGCUUCCUCAUCCAGAACGCAAGGUCAACUUCCGGGUAAAGCAGAGCAGAAUCCCAAGGAAUACGUACAAGCAAUUACAUUGAGAAGUGGACGCGCUUUACCUCCAAGAACAGGACCCGCACCAGUCAAUGAGGACAUUGAGGAACAAGAGGAGGAGAUUUCAGUUGAAACUGAAGCCACGGCACCUGUGACUGAAGAGGAACCACCAGUUCAAGAGAAAGAGAAAGCACCAGAGGAAGUGCAAAAGAAGAAGAAAGCCCCAGCUUUCGUUCCUCCUCCUUACAAACCGCAACUUCCCUUUCCUGUUCGAUUCAAGAAACAACAGCUUGAGAAAGCUAGAGCCCUGUUUGAUAAGCAAAUAAAGGAGAUUGAUAUUACAAUGCCCUUCUUGGACGCAUGUAUGCUCAUCCCUCCCUAUCAGAAAUUUCUCAAGGACGCUGUAACCGAGAGAAGAAAAGAGGUUCAGGGCAUGGUCGUUCUUUCUCAGGAAUGUAGUGCAAUCAUCACUAGGAAAGUGGUUGGGAAGAAGUUUGAAGAUCCGGGCAGUUUCACUCUUCCUUGUUCUAUUGGUCCUCUGGCAUUCAACCGAAGCUUGUGUGAUCUUGGAGCAGGCGUAUCUGUAAUGCCACUCACGUAG